AUGCCCUAUACAUAUGAAUGGGAUGAAGCCAAACACAUCCCUAGAGAAGUGUUUUUAAGAGCUGGCCAGUUGGCAGGAAUUAAACCUGAAGAAUUUGAUCAUUUUACAGAAUUUGUUGUUUGUGACGAACUGUCUCGUUGUGGAUCAGGUGGUGUAUCAUGGGGUCUAACUGGUGGUAAGUUUUUGUUUCAUUAA